GCGUCUCAUCUUUGCUGGCAAGCAGCUCGAGGAUGGCUGCACCCUAGCUGACUACAACAUCCAGAAGGAGUCCACCCUUCACUUGGUUCUUAGGCUUCGUGGUGGCAUGCAGAUCAUCGUGAAGACUCUCACCGGGAAGACCAUCACCCUGGAGGUUGAGUCCUCGGACACGAUCGACAACGUCAAGGCCAAGAUCCAGGAUAAGGAGGGCGUUCCCCCAGACCAGCAGCGCCUCAUCUUCGCUGGCAAGCAGCUGGAGGACGGUCGCACCCUGGCUGACUACAACAUCCAGAAGGAGUCCACCCUCCACCUUGUCCUCCGCCUCUGUGGUGGCAUGCAAAUCUUUGUGAAGACCCUCACUGGCAAGACCAUCACCUUGGAGGUGGAGUCAUCUGACACCAUCGACAACGUGAAGGCCAAGAUCCAGGACAAGGAGGGCAUUCCCCCGGACUAGCAGCGCCUGAUCUUUGCUGGUAAGCAGCUUGAGGAUGGCCGCACCCUAGCAGACUACAACAUCCAGAAGGAGUCCACCCUUCACUUGGUGCUUCGUCUCCGUGGUG